AUGUCGAAAUUUCUGGUAGUUCCCGAUGAAGCGUUGACUCCGUUAUAUAUUCAUAGAACAUCAACUACAUAUUUUCUUGAACAGUAUCGCGAUCACUGCAGAUUUUUUGUGAACUAUCCGAAUGGAAAUUCUAAAGGAAAAGAGGAAUUACUUGCUCAGAAUUUGAUCAAAUACGCAGGUCAUCGACUUCGAAUGUAUGGAUCCGCAGCGGAGCUUGCAGAAAGCCUGGAAUUCUACGGAAAAUUCACUGGAAGUCAUAUUUUCUUCAAUGCAACUAACGAGCCGUAUCAGUUGGAUCCAAUCAUCUAUCGAAGUCUCAACAACAAUCAAGAAUACAUCUGCAAUACGGAUAUCUUCGCGAUUCUUCAAAAUAUUCUGCUUCACAUCAAUAUGAGAUGUCCAGACGAAGCUACGCAUAUGGUUGCGUAUUACAUGAAAUCCCUGGAAACUGACAUUAAAAUGCAAUUUGUGAGAUUCGAUCCGAAACUUUUCGAUGAAAUCGAGAAGGAAUUGAGAGUAGAGAUGACGAAGAGUAAGCCAAAUGACGCAGAAAUCAUCGCAGGAGUCGAAGAAUUUUCUGAUAUGGAUUUCGACGAAUGCCUGGGAAAACUGAAAUCUUUGCUCCCUCGGAAUGUGUGGAAUCUGAUGAGAAAUGUCAGAAUGCAAACUCUUUUCGAAAGAACUGGCGGACGAUUAACUUCUUUAUUGCCUAAUCUUGCGUUUCUUGCUUUUAACGAAGCUGAAAGAACUAUCAAGUCUCUGAAAACUUUGAUGAAGAAGCGCCCAGAGCUAUUUCUUCCACGAGAAACUGAAAAAGUGGUCAGAUUGUUUGAAGAUGAAGAUGGUGAGAGAUUCGUGAUGAAAGCGGAGCUUUCGAAUACGUUGGGAACACGUUUGGAUUCUGAAGAUGAUCCGAAUACCCAUUUCACGAUGAACAUGGAUGAUGUGCUUCGGCGAUUUGGAGAAGAGAAAAUUGAGUUCCUCCACUACCCAAUCCGACGAGCCAAGCAUAGGGCGGUUCCAGUUAAAGGACUCGGUUCAACGACAGAUCAGUAUGACUUUUUCAUUCUCGCCGUCGACGCGUUCUUCGAUUUAAUGAAGGACCUUAUCAUCGGUGUUCAAGUGUUUCAAGAUAAGAGCUUUGGAAAGUUCUCACUCGGUUUUCAUGAAUUGGAGAAGAUUUUCAAGCCGGAUUGUACCGAACCAUACUUCAUCAAAACUCAAGCGAUCGAACAACUGAGAGAAUUCGUUGUAAUUGCUACCGAUCAUCAUGAGGACGAUCAAGCGACAAUGAUUCGAAAUGCGAAACCUGAUGGAUUCACUUUGCAGAAUCUUAAGAAUGAGCUGAAUCAUCUGGGUCUCAAAGAAGCUUUUCCGGAAAUCGAAGAGCAUGCUGAAGUGGUUUAUGAGCAUGUGGUUAGAUGCAAGAAGGAGAAAUAUCUGAGAACUUGUGACUUGUUUGAUGCAGUGGAGAAGUGUCAACUGUUGUGUAUUCUCAAUAGAGUUCCGAAUUUCAAAAGAUUCAUUCACAAUCAGAAAGGAUGCGCAAGAGUUCCCGGAUUGAAGUGUGAGAAGUGCGAGAAGGAGACGUCAGAGAUUCAGAACUCAAUGGAAAAUCUUCAAAUCAAAGGAAAUGAAAAGGGGAAAGAGCUGAAAAAGAGAGAAGAUGAGAUGAACCGACUGAAAGAAGAGUUGAAUCGUGAGAAGGAGAGAUUGAACCUAGAGAAGGAGAAGAACAAGAUGCUUCAAGCGGAACUUUUAAAGUUGAAGGCUGAAGACUUGGGAAAUGAUGUAAUUCAACAGCUACUCAAUGGCUUCGCUGAUUCGUCAACUAGUAAUCAGAAGAAAGAUUCGCCAACUACAUCUUACAUUCCUAUUAAAUGCCUCAUUUGUACCACUCGAAUCAGAUCGCCUACCGUUAACAACAUUGGAUGCCCGUCGUGCAAGAAAAGAUUCCACGCAAAUUGUGUGGUCUUCUGGCAGCACUGUCACCAACUGUGCCCAGCAUGCAAUGGAGAAAAUAUGUCGAAUUUCAAAUAA